UACGCGCGGGUUGACCGCGGGAAUCCAGUGCGCAUGACACUCGCAACCCCAAAACAAAGAUGGCGGAGUCAACAGCUCCACAAACUAAACUAAACGACGCGAAAACGGACGAGAAAGAUAAAGAUGAGGACGAUAGCAUAGACUUAGGGACUACCUCGCCGCCUCAAGUUGGGUUUAUUGGAACCAAGCACGAGUUCGAGACGAUUAAUUUUGACGCUGACGAGGAAGACGAAGACGAUACGAGUGGAUAUCACACAGACGAACGGAGGAAAAAACGCUUCACGAAAAAGAAGAAAAAGAAAGAAGAAGUCACCGAUAGUAGCUCAGACGACGAGGACGAUAGAGCAUUAGUUCCAGAUGAUACCAACCCAUCUGAUCUCACAUGGCCAUUAUGGCUGUGGUAUUAUGUAGUCGCUGUUUCCACAGGUGCUCUUAAAGUUGCAGAGUAUCUAGGGGAAAAACUGGCAUAUUUCUUUGGCAUCACGUCACCCAAGUACCAGUAUGUCAUAGAUGAGUUCUACAGGCUUAAAGAGCAGGAAAAAGAAGAAAAAGAAAGAGAAAGGAGAGAGAGAGAAUAUGUUGAGAAGAUGAAUGCCGAAAGACUAGCCAGGCUAGAGGGUGGGGACGGGUCACAGAAGCUGACCAUGCCAAAAGAGGAAGCUCUCCCACAAGAAAGAGACAAUGCGCCAGACACUAACAAAUCUUCCUGAGUUCUGGUACAGCAAGUAAUGCCAUAUUUAACAGGUUGUACAUUUUGUGCUAAUUUUAAUCCACCUGAGAGGCCCUUUUAAAUCCAGGAUUAUAUGGAAAUGAGGGGUGACUAUUCAGUCCAUUGGUCCAACUGACAUGAUACAUGUUUUUGUACAUAACAAGCCCAAUAGAAUGAGUUAUUCAUUUUAGUGGUGUACUCAGUCUGGAUCACUGUAAAAUUUAAUUCAUCCAACAAAAUCUCCUCAGUAUGAAGUUAUGCAGGUAAAGCAAUUUUUUUUUAAAGUUAGUUAAAGUUAGUUAUAAGAGGCUUUGAAUUCUCACAAACAAAAACAAAAUAAUAUUUUGUUCCACUAACAUCUCUUACUGUUUAAUCUCCCUUAUUGCUUAUUGCCUUUCUCACGGAAUGUGAGUUUAACAGUACCAUUUGUAAGUCUUUCCCGUGCAGUGUAAAGGUUGCAGCCCAACAAGUAGAGUUAAUUUAUCUGUAAGCACACAUUCUACUUUCUGCUGCAAGUUAUGAGGAGAAAAGCAGGAUUACUUUUUUUGGUCAGCACUAUCACUUAGGCUGGUAUCUGUGCUAAUAUGGUAUGAGUAGAAAAAUUACAGACAAGCUUUAGAAUACCGUAAUUAGUUGGCUGCAUAGGCAUGGAAGAAUCUUUGAAAUAAAUCAACACAAGGUUUAAAUGGUAAGAUACAUAAGCCUCUGCAAAAACAAAGCACUGUUGUUUUUCUGACAGUUUGAGCAUUAACCCUUUUUCUAUGUUUUUACAGAGGUGUAAAUCAUACCAUUUUAACUUUGUUCCUGUUCAUUUAUUUCUCUGAUACAGUACUACUUCCCAUGAUGCACCGCUGGCACACAAUGUUGUUAGAAAUGUCAUGUAACUUAUCAGUUAUUCACUUUUGUUGUUGUUGUUACGUAUUGUGACCUUCAUUCUUCGCGAGCAGUCCUCACCUGAUGUAUCACAAGUCACAUGGCAUUUUUGACAUUGGAAAUGUAUUUUUUAGUUGAAAGACAUUUUUAAGGUCAGCUGUACAAUACUUUAGUGAGGCUUAUGCCUUUAGUUGGGAAGAUAAAUGGGCCAAGUAUCUUGGAGUAAUAAUUGAUGUACAGUAGGUGAAGUUUACCCAACAUCGUAUGUUAAUAACUAUUUGUGAUAAUUUAUUUUUGUGCUGCAUUGAGCCACAUGGCCAAAACUGUACAUAAAUAGGAAGUAAUUGGGGUCCUCGCAUUGGUCUAAUUUUUUCCUGGUUUGACCAAAUUAUCGCAUGGUAGUCUUUAAGCUUUAUCACCAAAGUAUAGUAUAGUAAUAACACUAAUUUUUAUUAAAAAAGAAAAACAAGGAAUUU